CAAUCCACUCAAUAAUAUUCAGAAACAAGGAACAAACGACUUUCAUAUAUCUUAGCUUGACACCCUGCUCUUUCAUAAUGGACAGCAGGAGAUGCAAAUGCAACUGGUGCGGCACGAAAAUGUCAGCUCCCAUUGGAGCACAAACCAUUUCCUGCCCAAGGUGCCAAUCUGUUACACAACUCCAACCUCCAAGAAACAACAACGGCUUUGCCAAUGGGGUUAUUAACAAUAUUGUGGGCGCAGUAGUUAACACAGCUUUUUCUGCAAGGCCAGGAAGGAUGAAUCCAAAUGCCAAUAAUUCUCAGCCUCAACCGUUCAACAUGUCACCACAGAUUACUAUGCGACCUCCAGCGGUGCAUGGCCGAAAACGAGCAGUUCUCUGUGGAAUUACUUACCGUGGUCAUUCCAAGAGUCUGAAAGGAAGCAUUAACGACGUUUUAUCCAUGAGAUAUCUUCUGGUUGAGAAGUUGGGUUUCCCCAAUGCAUCUGUACUUGUCCUUACAGAGGAUGAGAAAGAUCCAUACAAAAUCCCAACCAAGGGCAAUAUCAGGUCAGCCCUACGUUGGCUUGUUCAUGGUUGCCAGCCAGGAGAUUCACUAGUGUUCCAUUACUCUGGCCAUGGCACACGAGUAAGAGACCGCGACGGUGAUGAGGUUGAUGGGCAUGAUGAAUCACUAUGCCCUGUUGAUUUUGAGAGUGAAGGAAGAAUACUAGAUGACGAGAUCAAUAAUACCAUUGUUAGGCCUUUACCUCGUGGAGCCACACUUCAUGGCAUAAUUGAUACUUGCUUCAGUGGAACUUUCCUAGAUUUGCCAUUUAUGUGCAGAAUAAACAGGGCGGGAUACUUUAUGUGGGAAGACCAUCGUAUCAGCACAUUCAAAGGUACCAGAGGAGGAACAGCAAUCUCUAUCAGUGCCUGUGAUGAUCAUCAAAAUUCUGGAGAUACAACGGCUUUCACAGGCUUUCCGACGGGUGCCCUGACAUAUAGUUUCAUCAAAACAUUGGAGCAAGAAACUAAAUUGACCUAUGGACGCUUACUUAUGAGUAUGCACAAUAAGAUUCAUGAAGCACAGAAAGGAGUAGGCAUGAAUGGUGCAAAUGAAACUCAGGAGCCUCAACUAUCCGCCUCUGAGCAGUUUGAUAUUCACUCGAAGAUGGUGGCUAUAUAGGAAUUGAAGUAUCCAACUCCAGCCCGAGUACAACUUCCCUGGCAUAAUCUUGUUAUAAUAAAUCUCAGAACUUCUUUUACCAUAUUUGGUUAAGUAAUGUGUGAUGAAGGGCUUCAGUUGCGUGUAGAUUCACUCUUAUACUAAUGUUUUGAAGUGAAUCAUUGUCAUAUAUUUCCCUAUAAACUUUAAUAACACUGACUAAAUUUCCAGAUGGAAAUUUGCUCAGAAUAGAUCGUCUACUGAUACAUGUUGUCACAUUCUUCAGACUUCAAAUAUCGAUUUGUUUUCUAA